GUUUCUUUCGCACUGAAUGUAAUUAAGAUACAAUGUACUUAAGCUUAAUUAUUAGCUAUUGAAGUUUCAGAUUAUUUUUAAAACUGUAUGGGUUUAGAUUUAGAUUACUCAAUUAGACAGACAGAUUCUUAAAAACUACUUACUGGUAUUUUACGCUUUUAGUUUCUUAUUGCAGAAAAUGGAUUAAGAUUAACUCUUAUAAUACUUAACAGUAUAGCUUACUUUAAUCGGUUUGUUUAUAUGCUAGGAUGUUGAAACUGUGGUAGUUUGUUGAGAAGGCUGGUCAGAAACGUCGUCAACAACCAUUAUCUUGUCGACGGUAAUGGGUACCUGAAUUUGCUGAAUUUAAAUCAAACAUGGGAGAAGAUGUUCAAGAUGUGAAUCAUAGAAGAGCUGCGCGGAUGCGUGGUGCUGAGCGGUACAAAGUCAAAGAUGUAGAAUUUUCUAUCGACCCAAACCUUUUGAUAGACAUGAAUUCGUCUCCAUCAAAUUCUGAACAUCGUAGUCCCUCUUCCACUACUUCUUCUGACGGUAGAAAUAAGGAUGCAUUCAAUGGAGUUGCUGCUGGGGAUAAUCAAGCAGUGAAUGGAGAAGAUGAACCUCAACAAGCACAAGUACAAAACCAUCAUGAUGUAGUGUCUUUACUUUCGGAGAAUCCCGAGAUACGGCCUGAACCACGUAGCUCGUCAAAGCGAGGACGUCCUCGAAAAGAUCACACUCCAAAUAAUUCCGCUAGAAAAAGUGAUGUAGCAUCGGCCAAACGACAUCCUUCCGCGAAGAAAGGUAGUGUUAAGAAACGUUCCAAGCAAGAAGUUGUUCGAAAACUCUACGAACCCUUCAUUCAACCUUACCGCCCCAAUGAUAAAUCACUGAAUAACCAGCUGGAAAACGAGAAAUCUCCUUUGUUAAGGCAGCAGUCUGAAAUAAACUAUGGAUCCGAGCAUGCAGACUCAAGCAUCAGAGCUUUCGUAAGUUCAGAGGCUCCUCAAGAACGGAUUCCCUCCCCAAUAUCUUCAUCCGCACAUAACUUUCCGAAUAAAUAUGUAAGGAGAGAAACUUCACCAGAUAUUGUUUCUCCUAUAAACCCAACAACGAAAACAACUCCCGCUGAGGAGAUCCCACCGUCGCAAGGCAUGGAUGAGUUGGUGAACAUUGAACUGACAAAACUUUCAAAAGAUGCUAAUGGAAAAAAGCAACUGAAUAAAUUUGACGUUAUACAACAAUUAUUUCAAGAACUGAUCGCAGAAAUCGAACCGGGAGAUCCAUAUCUUUUAAAAGUAAAAAAUGCUUUUGCUGAGCAUGUCUCCGUACGACUUCUGGAGUUUAUUGAUUUGCUGGAUGUAAACCAGGCUUUAUAUUCAGCUUCAAGGAAGGCGGCGAAAGAAAAAUUCUUUUUACAACAGGAGCUAUCCAAUGUCCGGCAAACAAGACUUGCUCUUCAGAAUAAAAAGAGUAGUUUACGGAUAAGUUAUCGAGAAACCUCUGAUGCUUCCCAAAAAUUAGAGAAUUUGGAUGAAUUUUUAAUAGAAUGUGAAUCCCUGAAGCGAUUGCUAGACAUUAAUGAUUCAGAUAGCUCUCAAGAUACGGAAGUGUUUUCAUUAAACGAGUUUUCAAGUGCCCUGUGUGGUGAAAAGGGCAUUUAUGAGCAGUUACAAGACUUCAAACAAUUACUUGAUUCUGUAUUUUCGAACUCGAACUGAUUUCUAACCUCUUCUAAUGCUUUGUCAUUGUUGUACAUGCUCUAUAACGGUUUUCCUUUAUUUUUGAUUCAUCGGUAUAUUAUGGUUUGUGUUUGUUUAUUGUUUCUGUGUAUAGAGAACGCAUUUUGUACAUUAUUAUCGUUUAUAUUUAAUUCUAUUUUUUGUUUAAUUUGUAUGUUUAUAGGGGUUUUUCGAAUCCAAAUGCAAACUCUUCUUGCAUGAGUGUUUACUUUUUCGCGAUUUUUUUCUCGAGCUUAACUGAACCUAAACUCCCUUACA